AGGCGCACCGAGGGCAGACCUCAGGCUCUAUAUCGGAGGUCCUUCGUGGCCCUCGACGGCUCGCCUUCUUUCUCUUUGGACCGCGGGCGCUGUGAUGGCGGACUACGAUAACUAUGACGACCGGGACCGUGCUUACGGGAGUUUCGGUGGAGGGAGAGGGCCACGUGGUGGAGGGGGGUCUGGAGGACCCCGCAAGCAGAAGGAGCUGCCAACUGAGCCGCCGUUCACGGCCUAUGUGGGCAACCUGCCUUUCAACACGGUGCAAGGCGACAUAGACGCCAUCUUCAAAGAGCUGAAUGUCCGGAGCGUGCGGCUGGUCAGAGACAAAGAAACGGACAAGUUCAAAGGUUUUUGUUACGUCGAGUUUGACGACUUGGAAUCGCUAAAAGAAGCCUUAACGUUUGACGGCGCUCUCCUGGGAGACCGGUCGUUGAGGGUGGACAUCGCGGAGGGUCGUCGGCAGGAGAAGGGUGGAGGAUUUGGGUUUAGAAGACAGGAUGACAGAGGCCGUGGUGCUUCACGAGGCUCCAGAGGAGGGGGGCGGGAGUCCAGAGAUGACUACGACUAUUCGGGAGGAGGCUACAGAGAUGAUGACUUCAUGGGUGGGCGGAGUCGAGGGGGCGGUCGCCCCGGAGACAGAAGAGGGGCGGGCUCCGGAGGGAUGGCCCGCAACAGAGAUGGACCUCUCCCUGGCGGCUCCUUGGACUUCAAGGAGCCUUCUGAUGAGGAACGGGCGCAGAGGCCAAGGCUGCAGCUGAAACCGCGCACUGUGGCCGGGCCCCUCAAUCAAGUCGCCAACCCCAAUUCUGCCAUUUUCGGCGGUGCAAAACCUCGGGAGGAGAACUAAUAAGUGAGUGAGGCUGCGUUAUUCAGGAAGGCCGCGCUGGAUUUGCUGCUUUUGUUCACCAAAAAACACUGAGACCCGUCCCAAAGAGAGGCAGCGUGGGCUGGGGGGGUGGGGAUAAUUUCCCCCUCCAUGUUCAGCCACUCAACAAGCGCCCACGUCCAACUGGUAGGGAGUAGGGGCAGGGCGGGGUCUAUGGUGGAAACAAGCUGGUUGGACAUUGGCUUCAGAUUGACUGUGUUGCCUUUUUUUUGUGUAAAACUGUUUCCUCUCCUGUUGUGUUAUAGCAGUGUUUCUCAACUCGGUCCUCAGGGACCCACAGACAGUCCAUGUUUUUGCUGUCUUCCAGCUCCCCGUGUUUUUGCUCCCUACCAGGAGAUAGGAGGGAGCAAAAACGUGGACUGUCUAUGGGUCGCCACAGACUCGAUUGGGGAAACGCUGUGUUGUAUCAUGAUGGUCCCCUUAUUUAGCCUACUUUUUUUUUUUUUUUCCUCUUCGUGCUAUUUCAGGAGGGAUUAUGUGUGUGUGAGAUUUUAGAUGGUUGAAAUUCCAAUGUCUUUAAUAUGGAAUUACCACUAUGCCAAGAGCAGCACCUGUUUUCCUUUUCACCUGAGAAAUCCAUGCGUAGAAUUUGGAUAUUUAUGACUAAGUCAGGCUGUAGGAGGUUAGCAUCUUCACAGAGCUUGGCACACGCAGUAAUGGUGCCCAGGUACCUGCUUAGUCUGAACCCGGCUGACAUGCAUUUUGUUUGAACUUCCAUACACCAGGGCAUACGCAUUCAAACCGAUCAGCUUCAUGUCAACUUUAGGCUAUAGAAUCAUAGGAAGAAAAACCUUCACUUAUAUCAACAAACCAGUCUCUCUUGACUUUUGUCCAUAUUUUACUGGGUGUAACUGUGUAAAACACCAUUUUCUUACUGUACUGAAGAAAUAAAUCAGUUUUUGUUUCCUAUAUGGUUUAUGGCAAUAAAAUCAUUUUACAGUU